AUGGUAGCCAGCAUGUAAUUGUUUUUCAUCCAAGGGAACGAAAGGAGUGCGUUGAAGUUUGGUUAAGACUGUGUUUUAAUUGAAAGUGAACUGUACAUUAUUACAACAUUGCUUUGCUUAAGUUGUGAUACAACUGAAAGACAAAUGAUGCCAUACUAAGUGGUGUGAGUUGUCACGGCUAUUUUAUUAGUUGAUACCCCUAUUCCUCGAGUAAUCCAGGGCUUCUUUGUAGACUUUGCUCUAACCUUGGUAAGUUUUGGGGGAAAGCAGUGUUCGAAUAAGGUAACUGUUAUGGAUGAUUUUGGACAGCCUUUAGAGUUGGGUACACAAAAUGAUCACCGACGGACCAUUAUUCACAUUGAUAUAGAUUGUUUUUAUGCCCAAGUGGAGAUAUUGAAAAAUCCAUCACUGAAAGAUUUACCCGUUGGCAUACAACAAAAAAACCUAGUGGUUACCUGCAACUACAUAGCAAGAGAAUAUGGUGUUAAGAAGUGCAUGGAAGUUCGAGAAGCUCAGAGCCUGUGUCCACAGUUAGUGCUUGUUUGUGGAGAAGAUUUGCAUGAUUAUAGACAAAUGUCAUCCAAAGUAACAAACCUAUUACAGAAUUUCAGUACGCAGGUUGAGCGAUUAGGGUUAGAUGAAAAUUUUGUUGAUGUAAGCCACUUGGUAUCUCAGUCAGACUUUAAAACUGAGAGGGCAGCUGCAGAUGGAAAAACAUUCAAAAAUAUAAUGGAUGAAUGUGACUGUGGCUGCCAUGAACGUCUGUGUAUUGGUUCGCAUAUUGCAAGUAAAAUUAGGAAGCAAAUAAAAAGCGACUUGGGUUUAACCUGCUGUGCAGGAAUAUCGUACAACAAGUUAUUAUCAAAAUUGGUAUGCUCUGUUAAUAAGCCUGAUCAGCAAACAACCGUAUUUGCAUGCUGUGCCCUAGAUUUAGUGUCAGGUCUUCCAGGUUUGAGAUGUAUCCCAGGCAUAGGAUCCAGGUUAUGUGAAACCUUGCAAUCAGUGGACAUAACAUCAAUCAGUGACCUUCAGAACUGCAGUAUGGAGAAAUUAAGACGUGCGGUUGGUGUUGAUAAUGCUAUACGCUUGAAAAGGCUAAGCUUUGGUAUUGAUAAUUUACCUGUAAAACAGUCUGGUAAGCCACAUACAAUUAGCCUUGAGGAUGGUUGCCGAAAAGUAAAUUUAGAAUCAGAGGUGCGAAGUAAAUUUUCAGUGUUGCUGCAAAGACUUAUGGUCUUGUUAAAUGAAGAUGGACGGAUACCUUGUGCUGUUAAAGUAACUGUAAGAAAGUAUGACAGUGUCACAAAAGUGAGUCACAGGGAGAGCAAGCAAUGUAAUAUACCUCCAUCAUUUUUUACUACUGCUAAUUGUGAACAGCUUUCAAGUGACGUUACUGAAAAGUUAAUGAGUUCAGUCAUGCAGUUAUUUCACAAAAUUGUUAAUAUAUCCAAACCAUUUCAUCUGACUCUUGUUGGUGUAGGAUUUACCAAGUUUCAGGAGCGAAAGACGGGAAAAAGUUCCAUAGCUUCAUUCUUAAAAAAAGAUUUAUCUGUUCAGUCAGUUACAUCUUACAAGUAUCUGUCAGGGAUCGGUAAUGGAAUGGAGCAGUCACCUUCACAGCCAUUCCCAGUUCAUAGAUGCUUUCAUAACACAGAAAAAUCUGGCUCAGAAUCUGAACCAGAACCAUCACCAAAGAAAACAAGAAUAGAUUCUUGGGUUGCAAGAAGGAAGAGAACUGUGUGCAUAGAUGAUGACAGUGAUGAUGCAUCUCCUAGCAAGUUAAGAGUCUCGGAUAUUCAUCUGAAUUCAAGUGAUUCUUUUGAAGAAACUUCCUCAGAAGAAUUGCCUCACCAUAAAAUGGAGAAAAAAUUAGAUAGUGAUUAUUUGCAUUCUGUAUGUACAUUGGAAGAUGAUUGUGUGCAAGCUACGAAAAGAGACUUUCCUGUUGAAUGUAAGUGUCCAGAUGGUGUUGAUCAAUCAGUGUUCAGGGAACUGCCAUAUGAAAUGCAAAUGGAACUAGUUGAAUCUUGGAAUUAUAAAGCUAAGACUAAAGAAUUGAAAAGCAAUGUGAAAGGAAAUAAAAAUACAAUUUUGCAUUACUUCAUUCGAGAUAAGCAGGCUAGUUAAUUUCACAAGCUUAAUCAUGUCUGUAAUAAAUCAAAAUUAAAUAUUCAUAAAUCACACCUAUUUUCAAAGCAUUUACAUCUGCAUUUACCUCACUCAAAUUCACAGUACUGAAUGUGGAGGACAGGAAAUGUCCAGAGUAAUUUGUUUUUAUAGCUGUAAGCAUAAUGUACUUGGCCAGGGAGAAAACUGCUAACUUUCAGACACAUUGUUAUGAAAGCAAACUUCAUGCCUGAUUAAUCUCUCUAAUUAAAAGUAAUUACUAACUUCUUAUUAAUUUAAACAUAAAUAUCAAUGUAUGACUGUCUUCCAGAAUACACAUAUAUUUUUGAUAUAUAUGUUUGAAAGUGAGCAUAACAGUGCCAUGAUGACUGGUACACGGUUGUCAAUUCUUUGUCUACUUGUAAUUUUUGGUCCACUGGACUAGACCAAUAAUGGGUGGUACAGAUCUCUAAUCAUUGUAAAAACAUGAAAUCAGUUUUAAUAUGAACGUAGCUAUAAUAUGAAUGAAUGUAGCUAUGUUACCCCUUAGGUUAUAGUCAGUCGCUGCAGUUCAUGCAAGUACCAGAGUCUGCUAUACAUUGGGCUACUUCUUUCUCUUUCAUUUAGAAGAUAUUGCUUUAAAACAAGACAAAAACCACAUAAAUAAGUGUUGCAGUCCUCACUUUUCCACAUUUUUUGUAUUAUUAUUUUAAUGAGAAGUAAAACUGAAAAGUAGUCCAGUAACUCAAAUGAAUGUAAUCAGACUGCAGUUCUGUACAUACUAGACUAUUUAAAAAUUUGUGUAACAUUAAUUAAUAAGUGGACUCUGGGAAUUAAAUAAUGAAAUGAAAUACUGUUAACAUUUCAUGAUGAUACUCCUUGGUUCAUGUUCACUUGGGGUUACAUCAUAUGACAUCCUUUGAUGUGUUGAACCUCACAAGUACUUUCAUGUGUGAAUAUUACAUUUUGUUGGAAGCAGGAUGUGUGCUGCAAUAUUUCUAAGAGUGUGUGCUUUUCAAGCUUUUUUGGGCAGGGAAGGAAAAUGUUAACACUGGAGAGUCAACAGAAGCCAAACUACGUCCACAAUCAGUAUCCUUUGCUGAGUGUGAAAAUUUUUGUUGUUUUAUGUGUAGUCAUUUCAUUGUAAUACAGUCCAGAAAAAUGGUCUAAUGUGGAUCGAAGGGUGGCAGAGUUUGUGAAAAUGCCGGGUUAUCAGGAAAGAUCUUUAAAAAAAAAGUAUCAGUACAAAUUUUUUGUCAUAAAACACCUUUUAUUUGUUGCUUAAGAAUACAACAGUUCACAAAGAAUGCUAUAACUCAGGUUUAAACUGUCCGAAUGAAUGUAAGAAAAUACUUAAUGUGUGAACUCUAUAUAAAUGUAACUUACAAAAAUUUCAGUUCACCCUUAAAUCAAAGUAAAAUUGCUUUACGAAGGCACAGAGCCUUUACUAAUGAAAGUUAAGGAAUACAGUAAUUUAACAAAUAAGUCAGACUUCAGAAAAUUACUUUGCGGGCAUAAAGCUUUCUCUAAUGAAAAUGAACUAACACGUUUUUAAAAACAAACUGCCUAAUUUUUUUUAAAGAAAUGCAUUAUGUCCUGUUGUUUUCCGCACUGUACUCUGCAUUUUGAUUCUUUGUCAGGAAGACAACAGAGGAACUGUGUGCCUAUUACUGACGCACCUUGUUGUUCAAAAUACUGAAGGGCAGUUUUGACAGGCUGUAAUCCAUCACUGUGUGGGGUCCGUUACAGUCGAGUCCUCAAUGUCAACAUCUUUGUUAUUUUUGUGAAUUUCUUCAUUAACUGUGACAGCAGCAAUAAUUUCUGCAUUGGAUAUAAUGUUUUGGUGGUAUCAUUCUAUAAUCGCUCUUUGGCUUUCAUUAGCUUCUUCACGCCCAGGAGUUUUGUUCACAAGUUUGAUUAAUUUCACAUUUCUUUCAUCAUGAUGUUCAACAAAUGUAUUUUCUGCAUAUUGGAGGUGUUUUGUGCAGGCACAAACUAGUGUUAGUGACUAACAUAUUCCAGGAAUCCAACAAUAUCCAAUAGGUCAACUUUCUUUAUAAAUUGACCAUCGUUGCAGAAAGAAGGGAGAAUAGUAGCUUGAGACUAGUCUCUUGAGACUAACCAAAACUAUUCGAUGGGCUGGCAUAACGCUGUGUCAUUGGAUGGUAAAAACAUCGCUUGUAGGUCCCCAUUUUUUAACUCUUCAAUGUCUGGGUGGGAAGAUCUCCAAAAUAAGAAAGCAUUCCUUAGUGGGUUUUUAGAUGUUAAAAACUGCUCAAUUGAUGGCACAAAUACUUCAUGAAACCAUUCUUUGAAAAUUGCACCACUCAUCGAGGCAUUUGGCUGGUUUUGGCAUCGAACCAAUUUUGUCCAUUUCAGUGUGCUUAAACAUAAGUGGGUUCUUUGAUUUUCCAAUGAUACCAAGUUUUAAUUUGUGGUCACGUGUUACAUUACUGCUUGCUCAGAUUGUGACCAUCGCCUUGCUCCUCUUAAAAUGAUGGGUUGAUGAUUCUUCCUUGAAAGCAAGAAAGCUGGUAACAGUUUAUAAUUUAACCCUGUUUCAUCACAAUUGCUCUCUAGUCAUACCGUCAAGUUCAAUAAAUUUCUCAAAUUUUUCAUGAAACUGAGACUUAAUCUCUGUGUCACCAGAUAAUUUUUCCACACAUAUACCAAGCUGUCAGAUGUCGUAGCAUUUUUUUCCCCAGCAAUCAAGCCAUCCAGUGCUUCCAACAAAUUUGGAUCAUUGUCGUUUUUUAAUUCCUCGUAAAAUUUCACCCCCGGCCUUCUUGCUAGUUUGGCCCACUAAUUGGUGUGCCCUUCUCUCUUCUUUGGCGAAACCAAGUGUAAAGUGCUUCAUUUACCUCAUUAAACUCACUUUUUUUCAUACUUUUGCCUGCAGAGUAUUGUUCUCUAAAGCAUACAAAACCUUUGAAACAGCUCUGAACAGUAUUCACUCUUAUUGACUUAAGCAGUGCAGUUAAGAAAUCAGCUAACCAUGCCAAAGGCUGCAGGUAGACGGAGCAGUCGAGUGCGCAAUGGUGCCAGUCAUGUGAUGGAAGAAUGGGAAUGUGAUGCAAUACAAAUGAUUUUUCUUUUUUCUGCCAUGUGAGGGGGUGGCACCGUUAUAUGUUUGUCAGGUUAUCAAGUGCUGAGUUUGCAGGACUCUACUGUAAUGCCCAAUGCAAGACUCAGCAAAUACGUUUAACAUAUGUUGCAGUGGAGAAUACACCACCAUAAAGCUUGUUCAUUUGUUGUUUGCAUCACAUAUCAUUACUAAUGAAAAAUUCCCUUGUUUGUGAGUUAAGACCCUGUACACGUUCCAGCAAAGUUUGUCAGUGUAACCUCACUUUCGGAGCAGACUCUGUUCAUGUCAUGAAGUAUUUUGAUGCUAGUGGGAAUGGUUAUCAAAGCAGUUUCUGCAUUGGCUUUAGCACUAUGUAUAAAAAAGAAACAGACGACAAGAUGGUGGUCAAGAAAAUUGUUGAAAUUGAGAGAAAAAUACACCUGUGAAGAUCUGCUAAAUGAAGUAUUACACUUAGAAUCUUGUGAUUACAUCAACUUUCUCCAAAUGGACUGUAAAACUUUUAGUAACUGCGUUACUUUGUCCUCACAUUGAAAAGGAAGAUGAAAGUGUGUGAAUAUUUAUUCUCUUCUACUUGGUCUCUAAAGACAGUUCAUUAAAAUAAAACAAUAUGAGGACAUACCGGUACACACAGUCUGUGGAAGAACUGGUAAGCUUAGAUUUUUCUAUUUUAAUGUACUCUCACUUGUAUGUUUUGUGAAGGAAAUUGAUUUUCUUCUUAAUCCUUCCCACAUAAUACAGUAAAACUUGUUCACAAUUGAAUUGCAUGGAAUUAAAACAAUUUCCAGAUUAGACAAGUUUUAAGCUAGACAAAACACCUAGGCUUGACAAAAUUUUUCAGGUAUCAUGCACAAAAGUAUAAAUUGGUAAUUAUGCACAUAUUUAUGUACCUUUACUCCUGAACAGUAGAUGUUCAGUUACAAUAGCACACUAAACUGUUACACUAAUUGAUACAUAGUAUAGCAUGUGUGUGUUCUCACUGUAACUUUAAAUUCAUGUAUUGUUGUACUGAUAUCUUAUUCAUGUGAUUAUUCGCUUUACAUUUC